AUGCCUGUGAAUAUUAUUACGGCUGGGCUUAUUGAAGGUUUCGACACUCUUCCGUUUUAUCGGCAAAUUAAAGCAAUUGCUCCAUAUGCAGCCGGAGUAAUAGCAGUGAAGCUGUGGUCUAGAGGAGCGAAAAACACUUGGGAGAGGAAUCUGAAUGGUAAGGUAUAUAUUCUGACAGGGGCUACUACGCAAGGAAUGGGUACCAGUGUUGCGCUCGAAAUGGCUCAAAAAGGUGCGCAGCUAAUCAUUCUGACACGGGUGGUCGACGAAUGGUCAACCGAAUGGGUUGAAGACCUGCGCCAACGUACGGGGAAUGAGCUGAUCUAUCUGGAGCAGUGCGACCUAUCUGAUUUAUACGAGGUUCGCAAAUUCGCAACGAAGUGGCUGGACAACUCGCCUCCCAGGCGCCUGGACGGUGUUGUAGUCAUGUCUGGAAAUCUGCAGCCCGCCGGAUUGGUGCCAGGCUGGUCACACGGAACAAGAAAAUCGUCAAAAGACGGCUUGGAGCUACAAAUUGCAACAAACUUCGCUGGCGUUUUCCAUCUCUUGAACCUGCUGACUCCAAGCUUCAAAGCGCAGCCUCCGGACAGGGACGUGCGCAUCAUUGUCACGACGUGCAUGUUGCAAGCUAUUGGAGAGGUCCAGGUCGAUGAUCCUCUGUGGGAAGAUGUUAAAUACGAUCGUCCGCUCAAGUUCUUUGGCAGCUCCAAACUUCAGCUGAGUUUAUGCAUGCUGGAACUGCAGAGACGCAUCUUGAGUUCCACUACUAAGGACGGAAGAUCAGGCAAGAAUGUGACUGUUGUGCUGGCGCAGCCGGGUGUUAUGAGAUCUACUAGUUUGAGGCAGCUGAUUAGUAACGGUUCUGUCUUUGUUCUGGUGUUCAUUUACUCAAUACUACUGUAUCCCCUGUUAUGGCUACUGACUAAGAGCGGAUACCGCGGCGCCCAAUCUAUAUUGUAUGCGCUGACGACUCCUGAGCUGGAGGAGAUCAAUUGGGUUGACGAGCAGGUGAAAUACGUGGUAAACUGUUCAAUGGCUAAAUUUGCGAGAAAAGAGUUCGCAGACAAGGAGCUUCAGGAAAAGCUGUAUGAAACUACGGAGGCCAAGAUACUAGAAGUAGAAAAGAAGAUGGCAGUCAAGCGCAAUUUGAGUAAAAAAAAUACCAAGAAUGAUGCUAAGGGCAGAACCAAGGAUGCUAAAGGCAACCGCAAGGAUUGA